GAUGAUUUACUCAGUCGUGUGUAGGAUUUCUGUCCGUUCGGAGGAACAGAAAUCUUACAAAUGACUUACUAAAGAUUUCACAAUAGUAACUAAGGUUUCUAGUUAUUAUUUGUGGUUUGAUAAGGAACGAGAGGUUUUGAUAACGUUUUAUCACUUCGUUAUUUAUACAACGUCGAGCCUCGUACAUAAGCAGUACUCUGGGUUACAAUAGUGCAGCAAUUUGGGUUGUUAGAAUGAAGUUUUGUGCGAAUUUGUCUUUUAUGUUUACGGAGGGUUCCUCCAUAUUGGAACGCUAUGCUCUUGCAAAGGAAGCUGGGUUUAAGGCUGUAGAAUCGGGUUUUCCAUUUGGCCAUACUUUAGAUGAAGUAAGACAAGCAAAAGAACGCGCAGGCAUUGAACAAGUGUUAAUCAACUUGAAAACUGGGGAUCUUAGUAAAGGAGAACUUGGAGUAACAGCAGAGCCAGGAAAAGAGAAUGAGUUCAAAGACAAUUUAAAAGUCACAAUUGACUAUGCUAAAGCUGUGAACGCAAGGAAAAUCCACAUAAUGGCAGGCAAAUUGACCAAUGCCACAAAGGCCAAUUGGGAAACAUAUGAAAACAAUUUAAAGUAUGCUGCUGACAUUUUGAAGAAUGAAAACAUUUUAGGUGUCAUUGAGCCGAUCAAUCAACAUUCUGUUCCUAAUUACUUUUUAAGUGAUUACAGUAAAGCGAUAGAAAUUAUAAAGAGAAUCAACAGUCCAAACUUAAAGCUGCAAUUGGAUACAUUCCAUUUGCAACAUAUUGCUGGGGAUCUGUCUCACAACAUCAAGAACUUCAUGCCUUAUGUGGGUCACGUGCAGAUUGCUCAAGUUCCAAGCCGUAAUGAACCGGACAGCCCUGGCGAGAUCGACUACAAGUAUCUGCUGCAGCUGUUGGAGAACAGCGGCUACAACGACUGGGUGGGUCUGGAGUAUAAGCCGGCCUCAGGCACGCGUGACGGUCUUAAGUGGAUCACUAAGUUUGGGUACAAUCUUUAAAUGUUAGGAAUACCAGUACCAAUAAAUGCUGAGCAGAUUGUAUUGUCAUUUUAAAGCGUAAUACACACCAAACCAGCCAACUUAUGUCGGCAACAUUUUGUGGGCGGCCUUGUUGGCGACUUCACUCACUGCAAGUCGGAAAACUAAAGUGUCGCCGGGCAAAGUAUCACGUAGAUUACGCAAGUCGGCGUAUGUCACCGGGGGCAAAUCGCCGACAUGAUUCUUUUCAUAUAGACCACCGGGUUGUGUCGGCGCCUCGGCGACAUUAGCGUGCAUUGCUUUUUAAAAUGACAGCACUAAAUUAGAUUGGACAGUAAGGACAAACUAAGCAAAAAACUUCUAUGCUUACCUAUUGUAAAUUGGCAAAACCAGUUUUUACAGAUUGCCCAGGGAGCGCUGUACUUACCCGAGUUACACUAAGGGAGAUACUUAGUAUUAAACUAAAAGAAAAUAGCAGUUGAUCUUUGAUAGAAACAGUCAUAUUACUAAGGAUUGUAAAUGUAAAAAAAACGUAAAUGAUCCACCAUUUUUGUACAUAAUAGGCUAGUUUCCAACUAGUCAAAUCAGUUACUUUUUACUAAACGUCAAAACACAAAAUUACUAUGAAAAAUGAACCUGUGAUGUGACAGAAAAACGUGACAAAAUGUCGCACUUAUUGUUACAUUCUUUUUUUAAUAAAAUUCAUGAAUAAGUUAAAUAGAAAAAAGAAAACGUUUGUUCGUCAAAAAUGUAAUCAGAAUUUCAUCAUUUAUUUUUGACGUAGGAAACUACCAAAUUAUAAUUAGAUUGAUUUUUGGUGAAAAAUAUUUCAACAUUUUUCUUAUGUUGAUAACAAGAACUGGAUACCACUACAUUCUUAUUGGUGUCGGCUUACGUAAGGUCGUCGACAAACACGAGCUUUUUCACGAUCUCAAUGUCUUCUUUCACCAUGUGAACGCGUGACAAUUAUAAUAUAUGUUAUCAAUUUAUGUUCCAUACAUGGAUUUUAAUAGUAGUCUUCGUUGAUAAGGGUGCGCGCUCAACUUUGCUCAAUUACUUAUGUCUUUUUUCUGUACUUAAGCCACCCGAGCCUUAAAUUAAGCCACAAACAAAACAGUCACCCGUUUUACAUCGCAUCACGCCUGUAUCCUCGAGGUGUUGGCUGAGGUGUAUAUGUAUCGUAUAUACACUCACUCCUCGCCAGGUCUCAUGUAAUAGAGGGCGAGCAUAUUGCCAUUAACAGGACACAAAUCCUGGAAACCAUAUGAUGUCAAUUAUCUAUGAUUCAAACGUUAAUUCAAACUCAAAGUGGAUUCCAUGGUUUGGAAAGCGAACAGAGCUAUAACGGAUUUCACGUUGCCUGAUUCAUUAGCUAGACGACGCGACGUAUGGAGUUUUUAAACAUAUGUAUGGUUCAAAAACAGAACUUGAAGACCUCAUUGUUUGAUGUCUUUCUCCUUUUAAUAAGUCACUUAUUUUAUUAGGGUGAAUAUCAAAAUGUACCAAGUUUGGUGGCGAACUGCCAUAUAAUUUUUUCGUGAAAAAUUGGGAAAAUUGGGAAUUGAAAAAUUUCUUUUUCAUGUCGGAACCGAGUAUCCUUUUGGAUGUUUUUCAUGUCAAAUUAGUUAACUAAUUAGUUAACUUUUAUUACCAUAUGAAGUUCGUAUUGACUUCAUCUUAUGAACAAAGUGAUGCUUCAUUAUCUAGUUGUUUUUUUAUUGCUGUAUUUAUAUUAUUGUAAUAAGCGGAAAUGUGUAUAUAUUUGGAUUUAUAUUUAAUGUUAAUUGUUUGUACUUACAUAAGCAAUACUUUUACUCGUGUUUAUUUAUUGAAUUGAAAUAUAUUUUUACAAGAAAUUGAAA